AUGGAAUCAAUAGAUGAUGAUAUAUAUUCAGAUUUUAAUUGUGCUGGGUUUGGAGUUUGGAGUAGAUAUGUGCCAUUUAGUAAUGUUGUAUAAAUUGGAGAGAUUGGAAUACUUGAUAGUAGUUGUUUUUAUUUGUUUCGAAUUUAGGAUAAGACAAAUAGUUAAUUAUAUUUUCUGUAAUACGAAUGUAUCAAUUCUGAGUAAAAAACAAUAAAGAAAUAUUUUUAAUUUUUAGGUAGUGAUGGCAGUGAUUUUAUUGAGGAAAUCUAAAUCAAUGAGGCAUUAUAUGAAUAUGUCUGGUAUUUUUAAGGAUUUGUUACAAUUCCUUCAUAAAAACAAGUCACUAUAUAUUAUUAUGAAUAAGUUACCCAGAUUUUUUCAAAAUAACUCUAAAUUGAUUUCUCUUUUGAAGGAAUAAAUUCUAAUUUAAUAAUAGGAGGAGAUUUGAAAGUAAGUCAGAAUUCACCAUUUUAUCGGCUAGAAAAUAAUUAACUUUCAUACUUUCCAGGAAAUAUGGAAUAUCUUUUUGAUUGUUACUUUUAUGAACCUGAUUAUUUCUUAGGGAUUAUAUAAUCAAAUUAAAAUAAUUAGUGUUUGUGUCAAAAAAAUGCAAUACUUAAAAUAGGAGAUGUAAUAAUAUAAAAAUAAGAUUAAUUGUAAUUUGUUUCCUAAUAAAUUAAUUGUUAAUAGUUUAUAUUCUCUAGUUGGAUAAAAAUUUAAGAAAUUUAUUCACAAUAAGAUGAAUUUGUUUAUUAACUGUUUAAAUUAUCAGGAAACUUUUAAAAUCCAUAUAUGAUUUAAGACAAUCUAUGUGCAUUUUAAUUAUUUUAUAAGUUCUCAUCUUAAGGAAAUUAAAUGAUUUUUAAAACUUAUAGUUAUACAUUCCCUAAUUUAAAUUUAGAUUUUUCAAAUAAUUCCUUUUUGAAGACAGAAAUAUUUGACAUAGAUUGUGAUAUUUAAUUAUGGCAUUAUAUCUUAGUAGAAAAAUUUGAUACUUCUAUUUCAAUUUCAAUAACAUUUUACUAAAAUUAUGAUCAAAUGAAAUAAAAUAAAAAUUUAGAGGUUAAAUAAUUUAAUAUGGUUUAAUUUAAAUUACUUUAUGGAAAUAUUUUAUAAUCUAAAUCAAACUAUUUAGAAAUUUCCAUUAUAGAUUUAAAGUUUAUAAACUGUCCAGAUAACGAUUAACCAUAGAUAAACUGCCAUCCUACUUGUAAGGAGUGUGAUGGUCCAACAAAAGAAGAUUGUCUAUCAUGUUUUGAAUCAUCAAAUAGAAUAUAUUUACCUGAUUUUAAAGAAUGUAUUUGUGAAUAUGGAACAAUUGAUUAGAACGAUUAAUGUAUUCAUUUUUUAAAUUUUAAUUUUAUUUUAAUUUAAGAAAUCCCUCUUAAAAAAGAAUGUCUGUAUGGGUAUUUUGAAUUAAAUGAUAAUUGCUUUUAAUGGUAUUAAUAUAUUAUAUACUAGCCCAUCUAUAAUCAAUAAUAAUAUUAUAACAUGUUUAGUAUGUGUAUAAAAUCCUAGUAAAUGGAAUCAAACUCUUCUUUGUGAAACAAUAUUAUUAACAGAUAAAAAUGGAAAUAUUUCAAACUACUUGACAAAUUAAAAUUUGUAAUACAUUUAAAUAGGAAAUGAUAUAUAAUUCUGUUUUGGAUGUGAUUCAAAAAUCCAACAUAUAAUUAAUUUGAUUAAAUUGAAUCGAUAUUCAAAUUUAAAAGAUUUUGUUAAUCACUAGAGAAUGAUUGUUAUUCAUGUGCAGAAGGAUGUUUAAAAUGCUAACUUUAAAAAAUAAAUUUAUAUUGUUCAGAAGAAUAAAUAAAUACUCCAGCCUCAUUUUAUAAAACUGAAUAUCCUUGCAAACCUCCUAGUUUUAUAGAUUUUUAUGAAAAAUGUUUUACUUGUCAAAUACAACAUUGUUUAUAUUGUUUUAAUUAUUUAGCAAAUGAUCCUACAAAAACUACUUUAGGAUUUUAUCAAGAAAACUAUUUAGUUGAUGAAGAGAUAAAAGUAGGUUGUGCAUAAUGUACUGAAGGAUUCAUUUAUGACUUCAAAAAAGGAUAAUGUAUUAAUAAGAAACCAACUUAAGAAAAUUGUUUAAGAUCUUUUAUUGAUUUGA